AUGGUUAUUCAAAUAUGGUAUCUUGUCAAACAAAUGCAAACUGGACUCAGUGAACCAUCACCAGGAAAUGUAUUUAUUAUUAUUUUUUCAUUAAUAAGUGCAAUGAUUAUGUUCUCAAUGAGUUGUGCUGUUGCAUCUCUGGCAUACCAUUAUUCAUACUUACUCUCGAAAAAUAUGUCAUCAAUGGAAGACAUUGAACUUGUCCGGUAUGAAUGUCUUUCCCACCAUAAAGCACCUCAUUUUCCAAAUUAUGACAAUGGAACAUUAAAAAAUUGGCAAUCAAUCAUGGGAGUAUCAUUUCUUAGUUGGAUUUGUCCAUGGUAUAAUGAAAAUAAAGAACAAAAUCAAAACUCAUUUAAUGAAACAUACUUAUCAUCAGUUCACAUUGAUUAA